UUAAGGCUUUGAUUUAGUAGACAACAUCGCCAGUACCAAGACGAGUCCCAUUGCCAGUAUUAGUGCCUGUGAUGUGAUGAACUUUGACCUGGGGAAAUGGGGAUAUACUCGGAUAAAUACUUAGUGCCCUGCGCCUAUUGCAUUGUCCUGCUGGACUUUAUAUCCGCCCUGCUCUUUACCAUUAUCUCAGGAUUGGUAUUCCACAAGCAUGGCAAUGCCUCUGCCUUGGCAGCUUUGUUAUUCACAAUUUUCUGGAUGGUAAUAAUCGUAAUACUGGCAGCGGGAAUCUAUAAGCGAAAGGUAAAACUAGUACGGUUUUGGUUGGUCUUCACCUGUCUGGGCAUUAUCCUGGAUGGCGUGAUCCUGCUGUAUGGCCUGACUUUGGCCAUAGCUGUGAAUUGGGAUGGUGUAAAGGUCACAGUGCUGCCUUUUGUGGGAUUAGCUGUGGAAAUGACCUUUGUGUACAUUAUUUACCUCUUUUAUCCCUAUGUGGAGUCGGAGUCACAGGACUGUGAAAGGUAUCCCAGGUCAAAUGCUGGAUUUACAAUGGAAUUUGAAGAUGAAAUCCAGGAGAAAGUUGAAGAAAAGGCUCGCGAUCGCAAGAAACUAAAGCGUUUGGAGAAAAAUGCCAAAGAGCGUAUAAAAAAGGAAAAGGCGGCCCUCAAGGAGCUGAAAAAACAAAUGCGAAAGUCUUAGAUUAUCAUUUUUAUAUAGUUUUCUUUUUCUUUUCGUUUUUGUUUACUAAAUUAUAUUACAUUGA